AUGGUAUUAGCCCGCCCCGUCCGCCAAAAUGCGGUAGCUUUUGCUGCUGACGACGGGCCCGUACCCUCAAGUUCCCUAAAGGGCAACCGCGGUGCUACUGGAAAGUUGCGUCCUGACGACGGGACCGUGCCCUCAGAUUCCCUAACUCGCAACCGCGGCAGUGGUGGAACGUUGCGUCCUGACGACGGGCUCGUACCCUCAAGUUCCUCAAAGGGCAACCGCCGCGGUUCUGGACCGUUGCGGCCCGACGACCCACCCUCAGAUUCCGUAUCGGACUUCCGCGGCCGUUUGCGUCCUGUCCCCGGACCCGCUUGA